AUUUUUGCAAAUUUUAAUUUUGUGAUAUAUUUUAUAUAGCUAGCUAUGCUUGUAUUGAUAAUAGAUUAGAGGGGUUAUUGUUAAAUGUGUGUACUUUGGACAAUAUGCAGUGUACUGUAAUGUAUAUUCAAUUACAAUAUGACUAAAUAUACAAUUAGAAACACUCGAUUAUACAUUGUCUCAAUAAAUAUUUAGAACAUACCUUAUACAUUAAUUAUUUAAAAUGAAAUUGAUAUCUUUCUAUGUCUGUAACAUUCACUGCUAAUCACAUAAAUUUGAGAAGCAGGAAAUGUUUCCUAAUAAAAAGAGAUAUUUAUGUACAUUGCACUUAAAUUACAUUUCCAGUGUCUAAGCCAUAGAUUUCUCUACUAUAACAUUUUCAUUUGUGUAUUUUACAUCAUGUUUUCUGAUAUUCAACUUUAUCAUUUUCCAUUAUUCAAACAGGAUAAAAUCAGGUUAUGCUUUAUUUUGAUGAUCCACUUUAGACAUUCUAACUAUAAAGUAACUUUGCAACUACAUGUCAACUAACUCUCAUUAGAGUAUUAGUAGACUGUUAGGUUAGGGUUAGUAGAAUAAGUUGACAUUUAGUAGUCGCAAAGUUACUUCUAGUCAGUAUAAUGUCUGUUGAGGGACCAUCAAAAUAGUGUUAGCAGAUAUCAAGCAGGCAGUCUACUAAUACUUCUAAUGACUGAUAGAUGACAUGUAGUUGCAAAGUUACUAUUUAGUAGAAUAUCUAAAGUGUACAGAUGAAAUAAAGAAUAAACUAAAAGCAUUAUGUUACAUAUGUAUAUGCAUGACUGUUUGAAUGAACCACACAUUAUGGUCAUAAUUUGCAUUCAGUUGCUUAUACUGUAGAAAGUGUAUUAAAAUUCUAUACACUAAAUAAGGAUUCAACAUAAAUAAUAAAGUAUAUCAUAUCUAUUAUAUUUCUAGCCGCUAUGCUGUGGUUCAUGCAAAUCUUUCUGCUUCUGGCAUGUAUAGGUUAUACAACUGCCACUAGUACAUAUGAAAUCAGACUGGUAAAUGGCAGUGACUCCUGUUCUGGACGAGUGGAGGUUCUCUAUAAUGGAAUAUGGGGAACAGUGUGUGAUGAUCUCUGGGGUCUGUCAGAUGCUGCAGUGGUGUGUAGAGAGAUGGACUGUGGGAAUGUGAUAGAGGCAAAGAGUAAAGCUUAUUUUGGACAAGGAUCAGGACAGAUAUGGAUGCGUAAUCUACUUUGCAUUGGCUCUUGGUUCUCACUAUGGAACUGUUGGACACGUGGAUGGGGAAUUUCGUUGAACUGUGGACAUCAUGAAGAUGCUGGAGUGAUCUGCAACUUACCUGUCAGGUUGGUGAAUGGAGACAACUCCUGUUCUGGACGAGUGGAGGUUCUCUAUAAUGGAAUAUGGGGAACAGUGUGUGAUGAUGGCUGGGAUCUGACAGAUGCUGCAGUGGUGUGUAGAGAGAUGGGCUGUGGGAAUGUGAUAGAGGCAACGAGUGCUGCUUAUUUUGGACAAGGACCAGGACAGAUAUGGAUGGAUGAUGUAAAUUGUGCUGGGAAUGAGUCCUCUCUAAAGAACUGUAGGACUCCUGGAUGGGGAAGACAUAACUGUGGACAUCAUGAAGAUGCUGGAGUCAUCUGCAACUCUGUCAGGUUGGUGAAUGGCAGUCACUCCUGUUCUGGACGAGUGGAGGUUCUCUAUAAUGGAAUAUGGGGAACAGUGUGUGAUGAUGGCUGGGAUCUGUCAGAUGCUGCAGUGGUGUGUAGAGAGAUGGGAUGUAGGAAUGUGAUCGAGGCAAAAAGAGGUGCUUAUUUUGGACAAGGAUCAGGACAGAUAUGGAUGGAUGAUGUAAAUUGCACUGGCACUGAGUCCUCUCUAAAGAAUUGUAGGACAAGAGGAUGGGGAAUACGUAACUGUGGACAUCAUAAAGAUGCUGGAGUCAUCUGUCAAUUUGAAAAUGUAACUUCAACAACUGCAAAUACAAGCCCAACAACAGAAGUGAAGUCUACAACUGAUGCUGCCACCACCAGUUCUCUAGGAAACAACUUUUAUGAAAAUUUAACUUCAACAACUGCAAUAACAAGCCCAACAACAGAAGUGAAGUCUUCAACUGCUGCUGCCACCACCAGUUCUCCAGGAAACAACUCUUAUGAAAAUUUAACUUCAACAACUGCAAAUACAAGCCCAACAACAGAAGAGAAGUCUACAACUGCUGCUGCCACCACCAGCUCUCUAGAAGACAACUUUUAUGAAAAUUUAACUUCAACAACUGCAAAUACAAGCCCAACAACAGAAGUGAAGUCUACAACUGCUGCUGCCACCACCAGCUCUCUAGGAAACAACUUUUAUGAAAAUUUAACUUCAACAACUGCAAAUACAAGCCCAACAACAGAAGUGAAGUCUAUAACUGCUGCUGCCACCACCAGCUCUCUAGGAGACAACUUUUAUGAAAAUUUCACUUCAACAACUGCAAAUACAAGCCCAACAACAGAAGAGAAGUCUACAACUGCUGCUGCCACCACCAGCUCUCCAGGAAACAACUCUUAUGAAAAUUUAACUUCAACAACUGCAAAUACAAGCCCAACAACAGAAGUGAAGUCUACAACUGCUGCUGCCACGACCAGCUCUCUAGGAAAUAACUUUUAUGAAAAUUUAACUUCAACAACUGCAAAUACAAGCCCAACAACAGAAGUGAAGUCUACAACUGCUGCUGCCACCACCAGCUCUCUAGGAGACAACUUUUAUGAAAAUUUAACUUCAACAACUGCAAUAACAAGUCCAACAACAGAAGUGAAGUCUACAACUGCUGCUGCCACCACCAGCUCUCUAGGAAACAACUUUUAUCACUUUACCUACAUCAACGAGUCAAAAAGCUGGAUUGAUGCACUGGGAUACUGCAAAACUCACCACCAGACUUUGGUGCACAUUUUAAAUGCCACGGCACAAGCGUACAUCACACAGAUGCUGCAGGGUAAAGAAAUCCCCAAUGGAGCGUGGAUCGGGCUUGAACGGAGUAUGCUCUUCACUUGUUCGCCCUGGCUGUGGACUGGUGGGCCGUAUGUGGACUAUGCAUCAUGGCAUCAAACGUAUCCAGUGGACAGAGGGAGCAGGUUUUGUGGAAAACUUCUUAAGGAUGAAAAGUACGUGUUUGGAUGGGUGGAUGCUUGCUGCCACGAGAACCUUCCUUUCAUUUGUCAGGGAUGAAACACUAGGUGGAGCUGUUUGGAGUCGGUUAGUGAUGAUCACAGAAACUGAAAAUUUUGUUUUGUUUCUAAACAAUUUACAGUACUACGCAGCCCUGUGGUGUAGACUUGCAUUUACAUUACAAAAUUAUCGAUUUCUCUGUUAUUAGCUCUUAAAUCAUUGUAUGCAUUAAUAAUGAUUUUAAAACCAGCCUUUCUGCAUAGCUGAUGGAAAGCUGCCUAUAUGCUAAAUAUAUUUUAGAUUCCAUGUGAAAAUGUGAAUCUUCUUUCUUUGUUUUGUCAUAGUUUAUACUGAGAUGAUCUGUAUGACUAAUGAACUAAUUAAAGUAAAUGUUAGUUCUGUGUGCCUAUGGUUUGAGGUUUCUUAUUUAUGCUUAUUUAUUUCAAAAGUUUUUUUGUUCAUGUUUUUUUUUUUCCCUUAAUUUCGAAUUUAAAUGUUUUUAGUUGCAGUCAGAUUUUAAUGUCAUGCAUAAUUCAUAACUAGCAAUUCAUUUAAAUAAUGUUUUGGAAAUGUUUCUCUAAAGAUGUUUGAAUAGUAGGCUAAUAUCAACUGGUAACAUUAUUUGCAUUACAAAAUGUCUGCAUUUGCUGUUUUAAUAAAUCUGUAAUAAAGUGUUUUUCAAUCUUCAAACUUUGUGAGUUUAUAUUGAAAU